CUGCAGCGGUUCGGUUUUUUGCACAGUAGAAAUGUCGGUUGGACCUGAAAAAGCGACUGAUUCCUACUGCUGUUUGGUCAAGAAGAUAUUGUUAAAGUAAUUUAUUAAUUCUUUUGAAACGUAGGGGUGUAUAUCUCUUUUCAUCCCUUUGUGUGUUUUAUUUCCUAGAGUCAGAGCGAGAACGUGAAUGAAAAUGGAAGAUCCAAGCACACAGACUCCCUCAUUUGGCAGUGGAGCUCAGAGAAGUCCCCAUCCCAGACCUUUUUUCUUUGUUCAACCACCUUCUCAACCUUAUUAUCUCUACCAGCCCUGGCAGUUUACAAAUCCUUACAGCCACUUUGGGAUGUCUGCAGGUUUUAACUUUGGCCGCCCCAGCCUGCCUCCUUACCCCUAUAUGCCGUACCCUGGCUUUGUUUUACCACAUGCUCCGGUAUAUCCUGUGGAUUACAGGCGGAUGUUUGAACCUAGAUUCCAAGCUUCUGCCUGGGGCGAUGUACCUCGCCAGCAGCACCAUCCACAGCCUCAGCUGCGUCGUGAGACUGCUUGUUCAGGGGCUCAGACUGACCCUAGCGAUGCCAUAUGCCAGCUCAUUGAGUGCUUGGAUAAAAUCCGAGCCACAGAGCUUCAGAGCACAGACCGAGAGCUGGACUCUGGCGUUACCUCUCAAUCCUCUGGUAUCUUUUCUCCUGUAGAGGAAAAGAAAACUGAAGAACAGGGUCACCCACUGCCUUCAGAAACUCAUCAUGGCGGUUUGGAGUCUCCAGGUGUGACCUCAAUUGACUCCACUGCGGCGGUUUACGACAGCGAGUCCAGCCAAGUUAUUUUGGACUCUUUGAGCCCUCAUGGAGACUGGACAGGAAGACUGGAGGAGGAGCUGCCUCUUGACAGCUCCUCUGUCCACGAAGAAUGUCCUCAUCAGCCGGCACCAGACGAACACUUUAUCUCACAUGAAACAGAAGAGGUCACAGAUAUUCAAUCAAAUAUCUUAGUGAUUGACUCAAGUGUUCCAAUUUAUGAUGCCGAGAAGGACCAGAAAUCUAUAUCUUCACUUCCCUCCAGUCAGCUGGUGCUUACCAAGGCUAAAAAUAGUGAUAAAGUUUUAAAGGCAGAAGAUGCAGGGACCUCCUGUGAUCAAGCCAAAGCCAAUGAAAGCUACCAAAUCCUCAAAUUACCAUUUGACGGUGUUUUAACUCCUGGAGGAGCACACCUCUCAUCCCCAGCUACAUCUUACUGCUACAACUACCUUCCGAUGCAGACUACGCACGAGCGUGUGAGUGUCCUCAGUCCAUCUUUGGAUGAACUUUCUUCCAGGGAUGAAAUGUUCUCUACAGACCUGGAUGACACGGAUCUCUUCCAGAAGCGCAUGUAUCCCGGCAGUAGGCUUUCGGCAGUUGUUGACAGAUCUCCUCCGGCUGUAGAUGAUGAAGAGGAUGUAUGGUUGCCAAAGUCAAAUAGGGUUGUCUGUGCUUGCUGUGGGAGAAAGCUGGAAAAAGAGACAAGCAGGCGCAAAGUCCAUGGCUCCGAGGUGUAUCAUGGUGAAGCAGGAGACUCUGAAGAGGAAGGCAGAUAUGGUAGAGGGUGCGAGAAGCCAAUUAGAGUGGUUGUUAGGAGGCAUUCUGUACCCAGGAAAGCUCAAACUGUCCAAAGACAUGCAACUAAACCAUGGUAUAAGAAAGGCCAGUUUAAAGAGCUGUCCGACCCAAUGAAGCAGAUAGACAGUCAGGAAGUCUGUCAGCAGGAGGCUGCUGAAAUGGAAACAGAAGAAUUGGACAGCAGAGAGCUGCAGUGUAGAACAUGUCAGGAUGGACUCUGCAGAGAUGUAACUCCUCGUAGAAGACAUGCCGCCCCUCUGCAACGACAAGAAAUGAGCUCUCAGUGGAAACUGAUGUACCACAGGCCUAGAGAUGAUCAUGAAGACGAUGAUGAGGUGCAUGGGUUAAAUUGGGAAAGAGGCUCUACAGUGAGGGGAGAACCGAGAUGUUGACGUUUUCCUUGACUGAGUUUUGAACAAAACGCGUUGAACUGUCCCCCCUAAAGGUGAAAAAGGUCGAGGGAAAAGAUGUUGGAGCACCAGGUGAAAAGCACUGCACAAGAAGCAUAGUUGUAUAAAAGAAAAAAAAAAAAAUCUGCAGUGACACUGCCUUGCACUAAAGAUUACUUGAUCUCACAAAUGGGGCUAUAGUGUUGUAGAUGCCACUGUUUGGGGUCAGUCCAAUAAAAAAUACAACAAUUUAA